AAACCCCAACAUGGCAGUGGCAGUGGCAGGCAUGUGUGUAGCAAUGCAUGCAAUGCAAAAAAACAAACACACCACACUGCUGCAUGCCAUUGCCUGCCUUCCUUCCUUUAGCUAGCUUGCAUUAUAUACUGGAUGGAUGGAUGGAUGGAGGAGGAGAGUAGGUAGUUGGAUCGGAGCAGAGCAAAGAAAGGCGGCCGGGCAUAGUUUAAUGGGGUCCCUGUCCUCGCUCUCCUGCCUGCUAGUGGCGGCAAGGGCCGCCGCCGUCUCCCUCCUGCUGGCCUAUUGCGCCGCCGCCGCCGUGAACUACAACACGAGCGAUGCCGCCGCCUUGCAGUGGGGCAACGCCAGGGCCACCUGGUACGGCCAGCCCAACGGUGCCGGGCCCUACGACAACGGCGGCGCUUGCGGGUUCAAGAAGGUGAACCAGUACCCGUUCAUGGCCAUGACCUCGUGCGGCAACCAGCCGCUGUACCGCGACGGCAAAGGCUGCGGUUCCUGCUACAAGAUCAGGUGCUCCAGCUCCAAGCACGCCGCCUGCUCCGGCCGCACCGAGACGGUGGUGAUCACGGACAUGAACUACACCCCGGGCGUGGCGCCCUACCACUUCGACCUCAGCGGCACCGCCUUCGGCAAGCUGGCCAAGCCCGGCCGCAACGACGAGCUCCGCCGCGCGGGGAUCAUCGACAUCCAGUUCACCAGGGUGCCCUGCGAGUUCCCGGGCCUCAAGGUCGGCUUCCACGUCGAGGAGGGCUCCAGCCAGGUCUACUUCGCCGUGCUGGUCGAGUACGAGAACGGAGACGGCGACGUCGUGCAGGUGGACCUCAUGGAGAAGGGCAGCAGCCGCCGGUGGACGCCCAUGCGCCACUCCUGGGGAUCCAUCUGGCGCCUCGACUCCAACCACCGCCUGCAGCCGCCCUUCUCCAUCCGCACCCGAAGCGACUCCGGCAAGACGCUCGUCGCACGCGACGUCAUCCCACUCAACUGGAGGCCAAACACAUUCUACAGAUCAAUCGUCCAGUACUCGUCGUGAAACUCAUCCAUCCAUCAUUUGGCAUUAAUUUGCUGCUCAUUCAGUUCAUAUCUCUCUCUCGAGUCUCGAUCGAUCGAUAACUAUGAGUAUUGAUGAGCAAUAAGCUGUAUUAUCUGUCUUACACAUAUGAAUGUACAUGUGUCUUCAUUCCAUCUUUGUUUCAACAUACAUAAAAAUUAAUUUUGAUUUGGUAAACUUGAAAA